CAGUUAAAAACAAUAAUGCUUAAAAUAUUUAUAUUUAAAUUUCCGUUAUCGUUUAAAAAUGUUUAAAAACGGAAGUUUACGCUGCCUUGAUAUAAAAACACUUCCGUUGCUGCACUUCUUCACAGAAAAAACAUCAUUUUUUAAAAACAUUCAUGACUUAAGAGGGCGAACAUAUUUUCAGACGGAAUUACCAGCGAAGGAGCGGCACAAGAUGAACUACGUACCGGGGACGACGAGUUUGAUAGACGAUAUCGACAAGAAGCACCUGGUGCUGCUCCGGGAUGGAAGGACACUUAUCGGCUACCUCAGGAGCAUCGACCAGUUCGCGAACUUAGUUUUCCAUCAGACAGUGGAGCGGAUCCACGUGGGCAAGAAGUUCGGCGACAUUCCCAGAGGAAUCUUCAUCGUGAGAGGAGAAAAUGUCGUCCUGCUCGGAGAAAUCGACGUGGACAAAGCCUGCGACACCGUCCUGCAGCAAGUGUCCAUAGAAGAGAUCCUGGAGGAGCAACGGUUGCAGCAACAAGCCAAACAGGAGACGGAGAAAGUAAAGAAGCAGGUCCUAAAAGACAGAGGCCUCUCCGUCCCCAAGGCCGACAACCUGGACGAGUACUGACAGCGCCCCCCCUUCAUGUGUUUCACGAGCCUGGCUUCUUAGUUCGUGUGGGACUCGUACGAUUUUUUUACUUUGCGACGGCUGGUUUGAGCAACGCUUAUUUUCCGAUGUAUACUGUAUGAAUUUAAUUUGAACCGCGGAUGUAAAAAAUUUAAAAAAAAGAGAAAAAAAAUCCAACCAGUGCUCUUAAAGUUAGAUCAUGACCAGAAAACAGUGGUUACGUUGGCGAAAUUAGCUAGUUAUUUUAUAGUCGGCACUUUCUAAUCAAGACAUGGUUGGUUUUUUUUUUUUUUUUUUUUUUUUUUUUUUUUUUUGGUUUUUUGGUGUAUCCUGCCUUUUUCCUGAUGAAUGCUGGGAUUGACUCCAGGGUCUGAAUGCGAUGGAUUAUGACGAUGAUAAAAAACUCAUACUCCAUUAAAGAGUGAAAAAAAAUGUCUCUUCGUGUUAUUUGGUAAAAUGUGACGGAAAAAAAAAAAGAAAACAUUUUUUUUGUUGGUUAUUAUUACUGUGAACCAUAGUAAAAAAUUUAAAUUUUUUGUUUU